UCUAUCAACAUAUCCUCUUCUUUCACCUGGAAGCAGAACAGAAAAUGGCGACAAUGGCAACGCAGGGACCUUGGCUGCGGAUGGCCGCCGUUUCUCCGCCGAAGGCCGUCUCCAGGGCACCGACUGUGUCGUCUUCUGAGCUAGGGUUCCUCUCCUCGCAGCUCAGUGGCAUCAGAAUUUCUCAAAGUCCCUGUGACGUUGCGAAGCUCGUAUCUGCUCCUUCUGCUCCCGCUCUCCAACCUAUCGUCGCUCGCAGAAUUUGCCCUUUUACGGGGAAGAAAGCGAACAAGGCCAACAAGGUUUCUUUCUCAAACCACAAGACCAAGAAGUUGCAGUUCGUGAACUUGCAGUACAAGAAGGUUUGGUGGGAAGCCGGGAAACGAUAUGUCAAGCUCCGGUUGUCAACUAAGGCCUUGAAGACAAUCGAGAAAAACGGACUCGAGGCUGUGGCUAAGAAGGCCGGGAUAGAUCUUCGCAAAGAAUAGACUUGUAUGGAGAAGAAGCUCGGUAUGUGAUUCUUUUCUUUUGUUCCUUCUGUACUCCCUCUUGGUAUUCCUUCCACAAAAAAGUAAAAACAUUGCCUCUGUUCUCCUUCUUCACCCGUAGUGACAAUGGAAUUUCCCCUUCUUGAUCAGAGUUUUUGACCGUUUCUGCACA